CGCAAAAAUUAAAAACAUCAUCUCAACGGAAGAGGCCAAGGCCAAGCUGCUGGCAGAGCAGCAGAACAAAAAGAAAGACAGUGAAACUUCCUUUGUUCCCACCAACAUGGCUGUUAACUAUGUCCAGCACAACAGAUUUUAUCAUGAGGAGCUAAAUGCCCCAGUGCGAAGGAACAGAGAAGAGCCAAAGCCCCGUCCGCUGAGAGUGGGGGAUACGGAGAGGCCAGAACCUGAGCGGUCUCCUCCAAAUCGCAAACGUCCGCUCAAUGAGAAAGCAACAGACGAUUAUCACUAUGAGAAAUUCAAGAAGAUGAAUAGGCGAUACUGA